ACACACGGUGUCCCCAUGGCCCCCCUUGGUCUCUCCCUCCAUAGGGCGCUCCCACAGCUCCUCCACGCCCCCCACCCCCACACGCUCCCCCCCAAGGCCUCCUCUCCUCCAAGCCGCCAGGGGGCGCUCCCUGCCGCCCGCCAGCGAGUGCACGAGCGGCUUCCGCCGCAUCAUGGCGUCACUUCCGGCGGCGCUAACUUCCCCUUCCGUCCGCCUCGUUGCCGGCAGCUGCCGUUGCCGCCGUUGCCGCCAAACCCGGGAAACGCGCGCGCGCUGGGGCCGCUUCCGGGCAGAAGCAGCCCCGCUCUGCAGCCUCCGGACGCUGCCCCGACCCCAGAUGACCGCACGGACCCGAUGAAGAUGGAGACCCGGGACUCCGCCGGCCACGGCUCGGGGUUCAAGGCCUUCCCCCUGCCGCCCCGGGCCGGGCUGCGGGACGUGCUCUGCCCGCCCAACACCAAGUUUUUACCAAACAAGACCAGCAGCUUUGCUUGCCCAGCUGGAAAUGCCUCAUGUGCUCUCAAUUACAGCCAAGAAGUCCCGUGCCCUGAGACCUACCGGACAGCAGGAGAGCCGCAGGGGUUUGGGUGCAGCACCAACGGGCAGUGGAGGGGUCUGGUGCCCACCCCGAGCUCUGCACUGCCAAAGCCCAGGCUGAGCCGUGGCUCUUAUCUCGAUGCUCGCAAAAACCCCAGUGGGACCUCCAACAGUUUUGUAGGAAAGUCCAACCACCAUUGCCAUGGGUCGGCGUUUCCAAUCAAACCCGCCCAGAGCCCUUCCUGGAGCGGUCCGUGCCGCCGCAGUCUGCUCAGCCCAAAGAAAACCCCGCGGCGGUUCAUCAGCACCGCAGAGGAGACUGUUCGAGAGGAAGAGCGAGAGAUCUACAGGCAGUUGCUUCAGAUGGUCACAGGAAAGCAGUUUUCCACGUCCAAGCCCUCUUCACUGUUCCCCUUCCACCUGUCGAGGUGCUCAAAUUCCAGCAAAACUAUACUGAAAGAAACUCCCAGCAAGAACUCAAAGCUGUUUGAAGCUCACAGCAUUGCACCAGCCAGCUCAGCAACCAGCGUUCUCGGGGCUCAGGAGCAGCCAUCACACAAACCACCGCUCUACUCCACGCCCAGCUAUCCCUCCAAUAUCUUUGAGUCCCAUAACUCCACAGCCCAGCAUCAGCAAGAAAAUCUACCAGCGUCCAACACUCAGUCUGAAGGAUCAGACUCGGUCAUUUUGCUCAAAGUAAAGGAUUCCAGAACCCCAGCUCCAAGCCUCCCAUUCUUCCAGGCAGAACUAUGGAUCAAGGAAUUGACCAGCGUCUACGACUCGCGAGCUCGGGAGAGGUGGCGGCAGAUUGAGGAGCAGAAAGCUCUGGCCUUACAGCUGCAGAGCCAGCGGUUGCAGGAGCAGGAGCACUCGGUGCAGGACCUGGUGGAUUUGAACCUUCGCGUACCUCUGGAGAAGGAAAUCCCGGUCACGGUGGUCCCAGAAAAGAAGGAGGGUGCCAAGUCAGCUGAUGGCGAAGAGGAGUUCCCUGAGAUCACAGAGGAAAUGGAAAAGGAAAUAAAGAAUGUAUUCCGAGGAGGAAAUCAGGACGAGGUCCUCAGCGAAGCUUUUCGGUUAACGAUCACCCGGAAAGACAUUCAGACCCUCAAUAAUCUGAACUGGCUCAAUGAUGAGAUAAUUAAUUUCUAUAUGAAUUUGCUGAUGGAGCGGAGCAAAGAAAAGGGUUUGCCGACUGUUCAUGCAUUCAAUACUUUCUUCUUCACCAAAUUAAAAACAGCGGGGUACCAAGCUGUGAAAAGAUGGACUAAAAAAGUGGACAUCUUCUCAGUGGAUCUCCUCUUGGUGCCUAUUCAUCUGGGAGUGCAUUGGUGCCUAGCAGUUGUUGACUUCAGGAAAAAAACCAUCACCUACUAUGACUCCAUGGGUGGAAUAAACAGCGAAGCCUGCAGGAUACUGUUGCAGUACUUAAAACAGGAAAGUCUUGACAAGAAAAGGAAAGAAUUUGACACCAACGGGUGGUCGCUGCUGAGUAAGAAGAGCCAGGAGAUCCCACAGCAGAUGAACGGCAGUGACUGCGGGAUGUUUGCCUGCAAAUAUGCCGACUGCAUUACCAAAGACAAACCCAUCAACUUCACUCAGCAACACAUGCCCUAUUUCCGGAAGCGGAUGGCCUGGGAAAUCCUGCACCGCAAACUGCUCUGAUGCCCGGAGCCGCCGUGCGGCUGUCCCAGAAGUGCCCCGAUGUGCUCUGCUCAGCCCAGGGCUUCACACAAAGAAACAGCAAAUGAACUCUGUUAUUUUUGAUAUAAAAAAAAAACCACCAUUCACGGACCAAUGCGCAAUAGAGAUGUUCAGAAGCACA